CAGCUUGUGAACUUAAUUAAUACAGGUAAACAGUAUUAACAUAUCAGUUCCAAAUAAUUCAAUCAACUCUUCUUAUUCCCUUUUCUCUCUUAACACUUUCAAUCAUAAAGCAGAGUUCCUUCACUCUUUCUACUUUCACAAAAGCUUUUAUUUUAUUUUUGCAGAUUCUCUAAACCAUUGGGCCUUCAAACUUCACUACUACUACUUCCCAUUAUUGUUAUACUUCAUUUCUGCCCCUCAACUUAUUUUCUUGAAAAAAUGAAAGAUAUGUUCUGUGCAUCCCAAGCUGCAACAGCAAUAUGUCUUAGUAUGGAAGAAUUAGGCUCUUCAUCUUCAGCUUCCUCUUCGACUAUCCAACUCGGCGGUGGCAGCAUUUCAGGCAGCCGCGCAAUCGACAGGUACAACCCCAUAAUAAGAGAUUCGCGAAGAACGGGUCCUAAAUCCGCCUCUGCACCUUGCUCUGCUCACUCACCAAUAUCUCCAAAACCACAGAACAAGAACAGAAAAUCAACUUCCAAAGAAACCAAGAGAAAGGGCGGCUCAAGAAAACCGUUGAUACCUAAGGUUGAUGAGAAGAGGAAGAGCAGUGUUGAGGCAAAUGAGAAUAUUAAUAAUGGUGUUAUGAAGACAAGAAGCUGGAGCUGUAGAAAUCCUGGUGAAUUUAUAACUCCACCAGGUUCAUCUAGGUACCUUUUGAGUGAGAAAAAUGUGUUGGAUGCUUUAUCAGAUUUUGACCCUGUUCUCAAAUUAAGUAAUCCUAGCUCUGUGGAAGAUGUGAAGAUAGAGACUGAUGAAUCUUGUCCACCAAAGCCACCACCAUCUUCUAAUCAGAAAGAUACAGAAAACAUUCUUCUUGUUCAAGUGUUCUAUAACAUAGUGAAGAAAAGAUACUUUACAGCUUGGAGUUUUAGACAUCAUAGUGUGGUUGUUCUUAGAGUUUCACUUCACUGCAGAGGAUGUGAAAGGAAGAUGAGGAAACACAUCUCCAGAAUGCAAGGUGUGAAAUCUUUCAACAUAGAUUUUGCUGCUAAGAAGGUGACAGUUACUGGGGAUGUGACACCAUUAGGGGUUCUUGCAAGCAUUUCCAAGGUGAAAAAUGCACAGCUUUGGACACCAACACUUGCAUCUUCUGUCCCUUCAGCCAAAGUUAGUUUGAAUAAUUCUGAGUUGAAGAAUAAUGACAAGCAGCUGGCACUGUCUCAUGAAAAGAUAGAAAAUGUUUCUCCAAGUACAACAAUUCAACUAAUGUAAAUUAAAUUAUUGUGGUUUUGACUUUAGAGAAAUGAAUUUUUAGUCUGGGAUUGGAUUA